AUGAAGUUGGUGUCCAUACUAUUUGUUUGCGCGGUAUUCGCGACGAGUGACGGAUACCGUAUCCUAGGCAUGUUUCCAUACAACGGGAAAAGUCAUUUUAUAAUGUUCGAGCAUCUGAUGAAGGCCCUUGCGAGGAAGGGCCACCAGGUCGACGUGAUCAGCACGUUCCCGUUGAAGAAACCGUAUCCGAAUUACAACGACCUGAUUGUGUUACCCACUGCGAGGGAUUUCAUGAACAAUAUGACUUACGACGAGAUGCACAACAUGAUCAGAGCGUCGUCGGCCUUCGCUGUGGCUACCAUGACAGGAAACGACAUUUGCGAAAACUUGAAAUAUCCAAAGUUUCAAGAAUUGAUACGCAACCCGCCGAAAGACCCACCUUAUGACGUCGUCAUUAUGGAGGUGUUCGGUGCCCACUGUUACGCCAUACUAGGUGACAUCCUGAAGGUACCAUUAAUAGGAGCCAGCUCGUCCAAGCUGUACCCCUGGCACCACGAUUACAUCGGGAAUCCUCCAAAUUACGCGUACCAGCCGAAUAAUUUGAUUUCUUAUCCAAACAACAUGAACUUCUGGCAGAGGACUUACAACUUCCUAAGUGCGGUUCAAAGCCAGUAUCAGUUCAACAGCGCUUCGAGCCUGCAGACGGACAUGCUCAGGAAGUACGUCAGUCCGGACGCGCCGGACAUCAGGGAACUCGAAAAGAAAUUCUCAAUGAUCUUGGUCAACUCGCAUAUAUCGAUGAACGGAAUCAGAGAUAUGACGCCGGCGUACAUCGAAGUCGGCGGGUUGCACGUCCAAGAGGAAGGAGUGGAGAUCUCGCCCAGUUUGGAGAAAUGGAUGAACGAGAGCACGCAGGGAUUUGUAUACUUCACGUUCGGCUCGAUGGUGAAGAUCGAGUCGAUGCCACGCCAUUAUCUAGAAAUCUUCUAUAAAUCUCUAGCAAACAUAGCACCGAUUCGAGUGUUACUGAAAAUCGCAAAGCCGGACGAGCUGCCACCCGGCUUGUCGAGUAACGUUCACGUCCUCACGUGGCUCCCGCAGGUUAAAGUCCUCAAACACCCGAACCUAAAGGCAUUCAUCACCCACGGAGGUCUUAUGGGCACCCAAGAAGCGAUCCACUAUGGCGUCCCCCUGCUCGGUAUACCGUUGUUUGCUGAUCAAUUUACCAACAUCGAGACCUACGUGCGUCUUAACAUCGCGAUACAAUUAGAUCUGGACACCCUGACCGUCGAGAAAAUGGAUGAGGCUUUGAAUGCCAUCGUGCAUGACCCAAAAUACCGGAUCGCGAUGAAGAAAGUUUCGGAGAAGUUCCUGGACCGACCGCUCUCCGCAGCCGAUACGGCGGUUUACUGGGUCGAGUACAUCAUCAGACACGGCCCGAACGCGCUCAGGUCACCCGCGAAAGAUUUAGCGUGGUGGCAAUUGCAAAUGCUCGACGUCUACGCGUUUCUUCUAGUCAUCGUGAUCGCUGCGCUGUAUCUUUUCGCGACCCUCGUGCAAUUUAUGUUCCAUCUAACCAGUUCGAGUUCCAAAACAUCGCAGAAAAAGAAGAUUAAUUAAGCGCGAAUAGACUAUCUGACUUUUUAUUUUUUUACUGCGAAUUGAACCAGUGCUUGUUUGA